UCAACGAUUUCCUGCUGAUCGUACGCUAUUAAUUCAUUGACCGCUGUUUGCUUUCCAUCACAGAACAAGCCCUUGUUCAUCUACACCCCGGUAUCUGCGAUCAAAGCCGUCAUCAACACCAGCAAGUGCAUCUACACCAUGACAAGGCCUCAGAAUCUAGCUCGGGCAAUCCCCCAAUCGUUCCAGGCGUUGUGCGAGCGUCGCUGUCGCACCAAAACGUCUUUGCUGAUCCGCCGCGAAACAAAUGUCCGGCCGAGACAGGCUAUUACCAUACCUCACACGAAAUACGCACUCGUUACGGGGUUCCGGUCACUGUCCUCAGACUCUCGUCCGCCAUCUGGUCCGGCUGAGCAGCCCAAACAAAAUACACCACACGACUCAAUCUAUGCCGCCAGCCAACCCGCUGACCUGCCUGACCGAGUACAGAAGCUCUCUUCUAGAUGGAAAAUCAUCAAUAAAAGGCAGAGUAUUGAGCGCAAGUUCCAAUUUGCUGGUUUUACAAAGGCUUGGCAAUUUAUGUCGCUGGUUGCGGACGAGUGCAAAGUCAAGAAGCAUCAUCCGCGUUGGACCAACGUGUAUAACAGGGUCUCAAUCGAAUGGACUACUCACGAUCCUAAAGGACUGAGUAUCAAGGAUGUUGAGAUGGCUGAAUUUUGCGAUCGAAAAGCAGCCGAGGUUGAGUUGAAAGAGUCACCAUUUUGAUGUAGCUUAGAUCUAGAUAGAUCGACGAUUUUCCGAAUAAUUUGCACCAAGAAAAUGCCGAUGGAUCGACGAACCCGACAUUACCAUUGGUCAGUGAAGAGGACCGUCGGACGCGGAGAUACCGUACCUCCAUGCUCCAAACGAACUACGUGAAAGGGCCGGCUUAUCGAACCCAAUGGCGAAAUGGCACUUGCUCAACUUCUUACAUGCUUAUCACUAUCUAACAUGCCGUUUUCUCACUGACCCACGGGUCCAUUGGCACUAUUGACACCCAGACUCCUGUAUAGCAUUGUGAUGACUGAUCAGAGUUUCACUUUUGUAAACAACAUAGUUAUAUAAUGAGGCGAUGGUGGAACAAGAUGAAAGGAAACACGUGGAACGUCAAAGUAGUUCUUAUUUU